AUGCGUUCCUCACUGCGUUGCCUUUUCUUCCUGGGCAGUGCACUCGUCUCGCUCUCGUCUCACACAAAUGCGUUCUAUCUCCCAGGUGCAGCGCCUCAUGAUUAUGCCGCUGGCGAAGUUGUAGAUCUCUACGUCAAUGCUCUGACCCCCAUGUUGGCUGGGAACGAUAACGCCAAGUUGAAAUCCUUGAUAAAUUAUGACUACUACAAUCCGAGAUUCCACUUCUGCGAACCAGAAGGAGGACCACGCAAGGAACCCGAGUCGCUGGGUUCAAUCUUAUUUGGUGACCGGAUAUUCAACUCACCGUAUGAUAUCAGAAUGCUGGAGGACAAUGCAACAUGUCGAACGCUCUGUUUACAAGAUGUGCCUGGAGAGGACGCCCAGUUCAUCAACGACAGAAUCCGCGAAGAUUAUGCGUUGAAUUGGCUCAUAGAUGGCCUUCCUGCUGCAGAAAUGAAAAAGGAUCUGAAAACAGGCGACCUCUUUUUUGACAUGGGGUUCAACCUAGGAAAUGACGAGGAAGAGGAGUUUGCGGAAACCCCGGCAUUAAAUAAUCAUUAUGAGAUAGUUUUGAGGUAUCAUUCGCCACGGCCAGACGUGUUUCGAGUAGUCGGCGUCCUCGUGUGGCCCACCAGCCGCGGUGGUUCACAGGAAGACCCGAUCGGAGAUUGUAUGAGCGCUGCUCCACCACUCAUUCUGCGGGAGAGCCAAAACAAUACCGUCCGUUACACAUAUCGCGUGAUGUGGAACGAAUCCGAUACUCCAUGGGCCACCCGUUGGGACAAUUACCUGCACAUCUUCGAUCCCCGCAUACACUGGUUCAGCCUGAUUAAUUCGCUUGUGAUCGUCGUUUUUCUCUGUGUUAUGGUGUCCAUGAUCCUGCUAAGGACUGUCUCCCGAGAUAUAUCGCGUUACAACGCUAUUGAUCUCAGUGAAGAUGUCCAAGAGGACUGGGGUUGGAAACUCGUUCACGGAGAAGUGUUUCGGACCCCUCGUCAUGCCAUGAUUUUGUCAGUGAUGGUCGGAAACGGGGCUCAGCUAUCUGCAAUGGUCGGGGUCACUCUUGUGUUUGCUCUGCUAGGUUUCCUGUCUCCCUCUAACCGCGGUUCGCUGGCGACGGUGAUGAUGGUGUGCUGGACGUUGUUCGGAGGAAUCGGCGGCUAUGUCUCCAGCAGAGUGUAUGCUUCUCUAGGAGGGACUGACAAGAGAAAGAACGCCUUCCUUGCAGCAACGCUGCUACCCACUGUCGUCUUUGGUGUGGUUGUUUUCUUGGAUUUCAUUCUCCUAGCUGCUGGUUCUUCCGGAGCUGUACCAUUCGGUACGAUGCUGCUCAUUAUCGUUCUUUGGUUCGGGAUCUCAGCACCAUUAUCUGCAAUCGGCUCAUAUUUCGGGACAAGACAUGGAGGUUUCCCUCAUCCGGUACGAGUCAACCAGAUUCCACGACAAAUACCGGCGGUUCCGAAAUACCUGCAGCCUUGGGCAGCCACACUUCUGGCUGGCAUAUUACCAUUCGGUGCUGCUUUUGUCGAGCUCUAUUUCGUGUUGUCUAGUCUAUUUGCAUCAAGAGCAUAUUAUGCCUUUGGAUUCUUAGCGUUGACUGCGGGUGUCGUAUCGCUGACCACAGCAACCGUUACGAUCCUUUUUACCUAUUUCAUACUGUGCGCGGAAGAAUACAGAUGGCACUGGAGAGCAUUCCUCACUGGCGGUGGAAGUGCCUUCUGGCUACUUGCAUACGGCAUAUUCUACUGGGCAUCUCGUCUCUCACUUGACUCCUUCUCCAGCGUAGUGUUAUACAUGGGAUACCUCUUCCUUCUUGCCCUACUUGACUUCAUUGUCACAGGAACUAUUGGCUUCUUAGCGACUUACUGGGCAGUUCGCAGGCUAUAUAGCGCGAUACGUGUGGACUAA